ACAAACCCUAGAAACCUCCUUUGGUGAUCUACGUGCUUCUGUUACCAACAAUCCAUCAACUUCAUCCGCUGGUUUCCGAACAACACAUGCGUGGUGAGCUGCCUAGAGACUCUUCAUUACGUCUCCAGGCUCUUUCAGAGUGAGUUUGUCCGAGAUGAAGCUCAAGGCACACGCGUCCUGUGUGCUUGGGAAGACGAGCGCUCGUGGACAGACAUCUAUGAAGAGGCUGUAGAUGUGUGUCAUAUUUGGAUUGAACAUCUGGAAAUUGUGAGGCGUUUCUCGCCAGAGGCCGUCACAUGUCAUGAGCAUGGUCAGAGAAAGACUUUGUGUUUCAUAGCAGUGUGUGCCUAUGUCAGAUUCUCCGUUACGUUUCUACAAGCUCAAGGGCUGAUAUGAAUAAAGCAGCGUCGUGGUCAGAGGAGGAGGUCUCGCUCUGGCUGACCGAUCAGGGCCUGCAGGAAUUCUCAGAACCAUUACGAAACUACGACGGACCGGCUUUGUUAAAUCUUACGACGGAUGACUUCAAGAGGUCACCCCUCUCCAGAGUCACAUCAGACAGUGGUCAUCUGCUCCUGGAAAAGAUUGAGACUCUUAAGAUCGAGCAUCAUAUCGACGUCCACAAGAAUGGACAGGCCGACGGGCACAUGGUGUUGAAUCAUAACGGGAAUGCUGGGAGUGCCGGAAAGGCUCACCGGAAUGGCGUGGUGAAUGGCUUCCACAAGGAACUGGUGCAGAUUCCCAUACCAGAGCCAGCUUCUCCGCGGUUUCCUCCUGAAUGGGGAAAGACGGCCGUGGCUCUUGUCUAUGCCUUAUGCUGCUUCGUCUUGACCACCGUCAUUAUUUCUGUGGUCCAUGAACGUGUGCCUCCUAAGGAGGCAUCUCCACCGCUCCCUGACAAGUUCUUUGACUUUUUUGACCGAGUGGAGUGGGCUUUCACUAUAUGCGAGAUCAACGGAAUGAUUCUGAUGGUCUUGUGGAUUAUACAGUUGAGUCUCUUAAAACACAAAUCAAUUGUUGGCCGACGCUUCUUCUUCAUAGUCGGGACGCUCUACCUCUACAGGUGCAUCACCAUGUACAUUACUACUCUUCCAGUGCCUGGCAUGCACUUCAAAUGCUCUCCUAAGCUGUAUGGUGACUGGGAAUCUCAGAUGCGGCGGGUGAUGAAAAUGAUCGCAGGAGGAGGUCUGACCAUCACAGGCUCUCAUAACAUGUGUGGAGACUACUUGUACAGCGGCCACACAGUCAUGCUAACCCUCACUUGUCUCUUCAUGAAGGAGUAUUCGCCUAGACGGUUCUGGUGGUACCACUGGGGCUGUUGGGCUCUGUCUGCAAUAGGAUUGUUUUGCAUCCUUCUUGCUCAUGACCACUACACGAUUGAUGUCGUCGUGGCCUACUUCAUCACCACACGUCUCUUCUGGUGGUAUCACACAAUGGCCAACCAACAAGUGCUCAAAGAGACAUCCCAGACCAACUUUGUCACCCAUGUAUGGUGGUACCGAUUUUUCCGGUACCUGGAAAACAAUGUUCCCGCCGUCGUCCCCUGCAGCUACCAGAAGCCCUUCUCGUGGCAAUCGCUGCAUUGGGGCCAUGUGAAGUACACACGGAUAGACUCGGAUUGACUAACGUGCAAAUGCUCCAUUUGGAUGUUGGUCUCCAAAACAUGUGCCCAAAGUGCCAGAACUAACCUGAUCCCUUUAACUAACAAAACCAGUCAUCCAAAGCAUCUCAUUCCUCUGUGACCUCACAGGAUUGGUUUUGGAUGUAAAACUUAGCACAUAUGGGGCUGAGAACAAUAUGGCUGUAGGAGGAACCAUUGUCAGUGAUUUUCUUCUCUCUAGUUGUGUUAUUGGGCUUGUGUUGGCCUGUGGCAUCAUCUUGCAUUGCACCAACAAAAUUCACAAAAAAACGAGCCAGCAAACUAAAAGUUAUUUAUUUUCCAGAAUAACAUGACAAUUUUUUCUAGUCAUCUGCUAAAUAAUGCGUCCUGUCAGAGACGGUUAAUAUGAAUAUAAUUUUAAUUUUUUUGAACUUACUUACGUUGAGAGCUACAGAAGAUGUUUAUCGUUUGGAUAAUCUAAUGCUCCUCAGUGCCUUAAUAGUUCAGAGUGAACAGUGUUCUGGCGGUCAACUGUAGUAAUGUAUUUAUGUUCAUUCGAAGAGAAUUUCAGUGUUUUGGACUUCAUAUUUGGGGUAGUCGUGCUGUAACUACCCUUUGCGAAUUCAUGUAGCACAUAUGCUUGAAACAGAGCUCACCUCGUUGCUCGAAUGUAACAACUGUACUGUUUGUUCUGAAAGUGUAUUUUCACGACAGUGUCAGUAAUGCUAAUUCCUUUGUCCAUAACCAUUUCUCUGAUGUUGUUUUCGGAAUGUAUUUAUUUCUGUUUUUGUUGUGUUAUAUUUAGUAUUUGUCGCUGGAAUCAUUUUUUUGGCACGUUGUUUGUCUGUCGAACAGCUGGUGCUUUAUGGCUCUGACUGAAUGUUCUGGGUUUGACUGACAAGACGAUGUGAACCGAUCCAUCCUUUCCACGAGCCAGAACAAAUGAUCUGUCCCAUUGACCAUCCAAUGCAACAAGCUGCUAUAUUGUGAUUUAAUUGUAGGAGGUGUUCAUCCAUUGACAAACAAAUAAAUGACAAAAUAUU